CCACAUCUCUUUCUUUUUUUCCUUUCUUCAUCCACUCAUCAUCAUCAUCAUCAUCAUCUCUACAUUUCAAACCCACCAAUUUUUGUUAUCCCUCCACUUCCAUUCCAAAUGGCAACAGCCUCCGCCACUCUAUCUCCGGUCACCUUCACGGCGGCAGCCGUCGUUGCUCCCACCAGAUCUUCUGCCAGAAUCACCACCACCAAAGUCAACUACAUCAAGGGACUCAACUCAUUUGGUGGUCUUAAAGCUCACAACACUCUCGCUUCAUUGGGACUCCCUGUUUCCACUGAACAGCAAUUCGCAAACUUUGUUUGCUCCUUGAAGAAACCAUCAUCCAACAACCGCCGUGGCGGUGGCGGAGCUCUCACCUCCACCUGCAAUGCGGUGGCUGAGAUUUUCAGGAUAGCUGCAAUCAUGAAUGGACUUACUCUUGUUGGAGUUGCAGUUGGCUUCAUUCUUCUCCGAAUCGAAGCAUUUGUUGAAGAAGCAGAGUAAGAGAUUCUUGAACGGAUUUCUGCACCUUUUUUUCCCACAAAACUGUAUCUUUGUUUCACUCUUCAAUUCAUGUAGAAUCAAUCAUAAAGAUGUAUGAUUUAUAUAAUACCAUCAUUUAUGCUUUCUUAUAACAAAAUUCAACCAUGAUUGAUCAGCUAUAAACAGCAGGAUUCAUAUA